AUGGAUAGCGACUAUUCUGGUGGCGGACGUUCGUUCGGCCGCGGCGGCAGCUUCCAGGGUACGCCGACCCGGGAGAAGUCGGGUGGAUUCCGGCUGCAUGUCGGCGGCAUCGCCGACAGGGUGAGCGAAAAGGUCCGUCAGACCUUCCAGAAGGUGGGCAACGUCAAGGACCUGUGGAUGUCCACUAACAGCGACUCGCCGCGUUUCGGCUUUGUGGUCUUCGAGGACCAGGGUGAUGCGGAGAACGCCAUCAGCAAUGUCAGCGGACAGGAGCUGGGCGGAUCCGAGCUGCGUGUGGCCUGGGCCAAGCCGCGUGACCAGCGUAGCGGCGGGGGACGUCGUGGAGGAUACGGCGGUGGCGGCGGCUACGGAGGCGGCGGCGGGUAUGGUGGCGGCGGCGGGGGAUACGGAGGCCGCAGUGGAGGUUACGGUGGCGGAGGGGGCGGCGGCGGCGGCGACCGCUCGUGCUACAAAUGCGGCCAGUCGGGCCACAUUUCGCGUAACUGCCCGGAGAACGACGGGGGCAGUGGCGGCGGCGGCGGAGGCUAUGGCGGCCGCAGCGGGGGAUACGGCGGCGGCGGGGGAUAUGGCGGCGGCGGCGGCCGGGGAGGUGGCGGCGGCGGCGGGGACCGUUCGUGCUACAAGUGCGGCCAGUCGGGGCAUAUUUCCCGCAACUGUCCGGAGAACGACGGCGGUGGCCGUGGCGGUUAUUAGAGGACCCCCUUCUUCUUCAUCCAGGCAUCCUCCCCCAUCGUAUCAUCCGUGUUUAAGCUCGUGGGUCGUUUUUUAACUUCCAUUAUAUUUUUUUGAUAAUAAUGUCCGUUUAGCGCUUUAUUUUCGAGCUGAAGAAUUCCUCUCGUAGUACGUGUGCGUGUUUGUACGAAGCCGCACCGGUUGUUUGUUACGUAUAGAAUUUCCGUUUUCCGGCCUUGACCAAAAAAGAGAAAUCUUCUCUCUCUCUCCGCGGUGGGUGGGAGACGUGUUUCUGCACGCACAAAUGAUUCUUGGCGACAUGGUUGUUUGUUACGUCUGUGGAAAAACGCGCUCCUUAUUGCGCUGUGUGUAGCUCGGAGAUAUGAUGUUUUUGACGAAUACGUGGCUGUUUCUCUUUUUGUCCGAACGCAGUUUUGAGUCUUGGUGUACAGAGGAGCUCGGUUUAACUUAGUAUUAUUCUCUCUUCUUCGAUAAAGUCCAGUUCUCGUG